AAGCAAAGCAAAUAAUGAACUCAUUAGUCUAGUCUCAGUCACGACCGAACUCCAGGCCUGACAGGGCAGCCUGUGCGAUGUUUAGCUGUCGCUUUAAGACCGAUUUCCCCCCAUUGUCAAACAGUCGUGAGCAGGAAGAGGGAAACGAAAGCAGAGACCGAGGCGGCCCGACGUAUUUGUACACGAUGCUGCUGCACAAUAACGGUGACGGCGGCUUCAUGCGGAGGAGCGCGUCUGCAGCCCGCUCAGUUAGAAGAGACGCACGGACACGGAGAUCCUCGUGAGUCACCUUAUGAUCGGACUGAUGGUGUUUUAAUUCAAAGAACGGACAGUCCUCAAAGUCGCUGCAGGGUGAUAUAGGUUGAGAUGACAUGGAAGUGUCACCGCGGGUUACUGCCUCAGGAAAUGAUGACAGUGUCCUCCAUCAUCGUUUAGCUGCUUAGAGCGAAAUUGUCUUGUCUUGCGGCCAUUUCCACAGGACUCAAUUGCCUAUUAAUUUAACGCACAAAAAGACCUAAACCGGUGUAAGUUGCGUCUUGGAGGCUGUGGGAGCAGGUGCAGCGCGUCUUGGCUUCAAUCUUCCCGCAAGCAGCUUCACAGGUAGCCGCUGAUCCGGCUGUGGAAACCUAAUCUGGAUCAGGCUGAACAUCAUACUUUAGAAAUGACAUCCACUAUAGAGAGGAAGACGCUGGAAGCCAAUGAGGAGCCGGUGGAUGAGGUCCUCCAGAUGCCACCUUCUCUGCUGACAUGUGGUGGGUGUCAGCAGAGCAUCGGUGACAGAUUCUUCCUAAAGGCCAUCGAGCAGUACUGGCAUGAGGACUGCCUGAGCUGCGACCUGUGUGGCUGUCGACUCGGGGAGGUGGGCCGCCGGCUCUACUACAAGCUGGGAAGGAAAUUAUGUCGGAGAGAUUACCUCAGGCUUUUCGGUCAGGACGGUCUCUGUGCUUCCUGUGAGAAGAGGAUUCGAGCAUUUGAGAUGACGAUGCGUGUGCGGGACAAGGUUUACCAUCUGGAGUGCUUCAAGUGUGCUGCCUGCCAGAAGCACUUCUGCGUGGGUGACCGCUACCUCCUCAUCAACUCAGACAUUGUGUGCGAGCAGGACAUCUUUGAGUGGACCAAACUCAACAAUAACAACAUUGUUUAGCAUCACCUUGCCUGGCUUUAAAGGGAAUAAAUCAUUGAUAAACAGACUUUUUCUAGCCUGUGCAGGCUUUAUCAUGCAUCUGACAUUUAUAUGGAAUCAUUUUAACAUGAAAGGAGAGCCUGCAUCUCUGCAUUGCUCCCUGCUGGAGACUAAUGAAGACUGCACCAGCAAUAACAGAACACUUUUCAUCUAAGGCUUCAUCCUUAAAUGCAAAAAAUACUUAAACAUGCAAUAAUAGUUGUUUGUUAUACACACUUUUAGAAUUUUAGCAAUGAACAAAAAAAAAAAUCUUUGUCAAGUUUCUUGUAGUCAAAUGCUGUUGCGUCACCUCAGUCUAGUCUGAAAUGUUCAAUAAGAAUUUCAGUAAAGUUUUAUUUUAUGUGUCAGUAAUUUCCUGGGAAGAACAGUGUAAUUUGGUACUAAUCAUAGGGAAAACUAAACUGCUCAAUUUAAACCCAAGUAAAUAUUCAUUCAUUAUUUAUUCAUUAUUAGAAACUUAAUUCUCCAAAUAUGUUGAAUUGUAUGCUUACCUGUGGACAAAUUUCACAUUUGCAUGUUCAGCUUACCUGCUGCACUGACUAAAAGAUUUGAACACUGUUUUCUAUAUGGAUAGUAUAAAAUUACGUAGUUCACUCCAGGAAACUAGGAAAUUAGCGAGAAUUUAUUAGGAAAUUACAGACCUGUAAAAUAAAGCGUUACCAGAUUUUCAUAUUAUAAAUGGAAUACAAUGUCCAUUUUAAAAAGUCCUGAAUGAUUGUACUGGUUGAACUGGUGGCACCCUCUAGCAAUCAAGGAAACCCAUGCAAUACUCAUUUUACUGACUUUGGAGAUGUUUUCAGUCUCUUUUGUAACUGUUACAACUCUCUGGGCAUGCACCCAAGACUUUUUUGGAUAUUUACUUGUCAAUUUAUUAAAUAAAUUACAGUUCAGAGAAACAUUGAUAA